GUUUUCCUGUUUUCCAUUUCAGUCCCCGUUACCCUCUGCUUUUUCUGCUCCUCAGAGUCAACAGCUGCUGCAGCGUGAGCCAUACCCUUGGUUCUCCUAACUAGCACCUUCCCCUCUCCCCUGACUCAGCUGGUAGCCCCUCCUCCCUGCACCUGCCCAAAGGUCACUGGACAGGCAUUUGUCUGGCCUUCCCUUUUACUGCUGGCUGGGAAGGAGGAGCAUCAGACCACAGAUCCUGGAAGGCAUUUCUCUCCCUGACUGCUGCUGGCACUGCCGUGAGAACCUGCUUAUAUCCAGGACCAAGGAGGCAAUGCCAGGAAGCUGGUGAAGGGUUUCCUCUCCUCCACCAUGGUUGACAGCACUGAGUAUGAAGUGGCCUCCCAGCCUGAGGUGGAAACCUCCCCUUUGGGUGAUGGGGCCAGCCCAGGGCUGGAGCAGGUAAAGCUGAAGAAGGAGAUCUCACUGCUUAACGGCGUGUGCCUGAUUGUGGGGAACAUGAUCGGUUCGGGCAUCUUUGUUUCCCCCAAGGGUGUGCUCAUAUACAGUGCCUCCUUUGGUCUCUCUCUGGUCAUCUGGGCUGUCGGGGGCCUCUUCUCCGUCUUUGGGGCCCUUUGUUAUGCGGAACUGGGCACCACCAUUAAGAAAUCUGGGGCCAGCUAUGCCUAUAUCCUGGAGGCCUUUGGAGGAUUCCUUGCUUUCAUCAGACUCUGGACCUCCCUGCUCAUCAUUGAGCCCACCAGCCAGGCCAUCAUUGCCAUCACCUUUGCCAACUACAUGGUACAGCCUCUCUUCCCGAGCUGCUUCGCCCCUUAUGCUGCCAGCCGCCUGCUGGCUGCUGCCUGUAUCUGUCUCUUAACCUUCGUUAACUGUGCCUAUGUCAAAUGGGGAACCCUGGUACAAGAUAUUUUCACCUAUGCUAAAGUACUGGCACUGAUUGCGGUCAUCGUUGCAGGCAUUGUUAGACUUGGCCAGGGAGCCUCCACUCAUUUUGAGAAUUCCUUUGAGGGUUCAUCAUUUGCAGUGGGUGAUAUUGCCCUGGCACUGUACUCAGCUCUGUUCUCCUACUCAGGCUGGGACACCCUCAACUAUGUCACUGAAGAGAUCAAGAAUCCUGAGAGGAACCUGCCCCUCUCCAUUGGCAUCUCCAUGCCCAUUGUCACCAUCAUCUAUAUCUUGACCAAUGUGGCCUAUUAUACUGUGCUAGACAUGAGAGACAUCUUGGCCAGUGAUGCUGUUGCUGUGACUUUUGCAGAUCAGAUAUUUGGAAUAUUUAACUGGAUAAUUCCACUGUCAGUUGCAUUAUCCUGUUUUGGUGGCCUCAAUGCCUCCAUUGUGGCUGCUUCUAGGCUUUUCUUUGUGGGCUCAAGAGAAGGCCAUCUCCCUGAUGCCAUCUGCAUGAUCCAUGUUGAGCGGUUCACACCAGUGCCUUCUCUGCUCUUCAAUGGUAUCAUGGCAUUGAUCUACUUGUGCGUGGAAGACAUCUUCCAGCUCAUUAACUACUACAGCUUCAGCUACUGGUUCUUUGUGGGGCUUUCUAUUGUGGGUCAGCUUUAUCUGCGCUGGAAGGAGCCUGAUCGACCUCGUCCCCUCAAGCUCAGCGUUUUCUUCCCGAUUGUCUUCUGCCUCUGCACCAUCUUCCUGGUGGCUGUUCCACUUUACAGUGAUACUAUCAACUCCCUCAUCGGCAUUGCCAUUGCCCUCUCAGGCCUGCCCUUUUACUUCCUCAUCGUCAGAGUGCCAGAACAUAAGCGACCGCUUUACCUCCGAAGGAUCGUGGGGUCUGCCACAAGGUACCUCCAGGUCCUGUGUAUGUCAGUUGCUGCAGAAAUGGAUUUGGAAGAUGGAGGAGAGAUGCCCAAGCAACAGGAUCCCAAGUCUAGCUAGACACCAUCUGGAAUCCUGAUGUGGAAAGCAGGGGUUUCUGGUCUACUGGCUAGAGCUAAGCAAGUUGAAAAGGAAAGCUCACUUCUUUGGAGGCACCUGUCCAGAAGCCUGGCCUAGGCAGCUGCAACCUUUGAACUUACUUUUUGAAAUGAAAAGUAAUUUAUUUGUUUUGCUACAUACUGUUCCAGACUUUUAAAGGGGACAAUAAAGGAGACUGUGGGGAGGAGCAUGUCAGGUGUGGGCUUGGUUGUUUUAGAAGCACCUGAGUGUGCCUACCUACUCCUCUUUUAAAAGGGCCCACAAUGCUCCCAUUUCCUGUCUCCUUUAGAGAGACAUGAAACUAUCACAGGUGCUGGAUGACAAUAAAAGGUUAUGUUCCUAAA